AUGCUUUCCCAGACUAUCGUGUGCUCUAUUGUCGCGGUGAUGUCCGCCUUGGCCCUUCCUGCAAAUGCAGCCCCUCAGCAAAUUACCAAGCGCUCAACCGCCGAGCUCAGCAAGUCUGCUCAACUGAAACUCGCGGACAACUCCGCUGAGCGUUACAAGCUCCUCCCAAAUGAUGAAGACUUUGUCUUCAAAUUUGGCUCAGAUGCCUUGCCGAUAGCCACCAGCGAGAACUUCCCAGUCCUGACUGGCACUGGCGUCUCUCUCAGUAUCGGGGAUUUGCCAGGAUGCAGCAUGAGCUUCGUCCACCUCCACCCUCGGGCUACCGAGCUCUUCUCCCUUUCCUCUGGACAUGUCUUGUCCGAAAUGGUACCCGAGGUGGCUGCCGUUGAUUCCGAAGGCAAGCAGCGAACUAUCCGCGUGGAGCUCGAGCCCGGAAUGGUAACUGUCUACCCAGCCGGCUCAUUCCACGCGCAGAUCAACCCGGACUGUGAGCCUGCUAACUUCACAGCUGCCUUCAACUCGGAAGAAUUUGCCGUGGGACUAGUGGCCAAGCAGACGUUCCUUUUCAGCGAUGACGCUAUUGCUCGUACAUUUGGACAGAGUAUUGCGGGUGAGGAUAUCGAGAAGGUUCGGGAUGCGAUCCCCACUGAUAUGGCCCUCAAGGUUGAGCAGUGCUUGAAGAAGUGUGGUAAAGAGAAGCGCGAGGCUUGA